CAAGGUCCCGCUGAGCAUUCUAGGCUUACUUUUUCAGUCUGGGAUCAUCGCCCGCGAGGCCAAGGAGCUCUCUCUCAACCAGUCGACAUUCUUCGAUUCCGGCCCGUCCUUCAAGGUCCCCUACCGCCCAUUGAUUCCUGGAAUCCGUUCUCACUCGUGCUCAAGACAGGGUCGGGGUCGUUCGGCUCACCGACGUCAAGCCCGAUGGUGAUGAGUAGAAGUCACGGCCAGCACGAAUCUCCCCAUGAGGAGUCACGCCGUGAUGAGUUUUCGGUAGGGGCUUAG